AGUCCACAGUAGCGCGUCAGAAAGUUCCUGCGCGUUACUCCCCGGCUUCGUUCACACUCACUUCAUCCUUUUGUUGAAAAACCGAAACCCUCCCACCACUUCUCUUCAUUUCAGCGGCAACGUCAGCUCCUCCGAAACCCAAACACACGCACGCAAGCCCUCUCUCUCUCUCUCUCUCUCUCACGCAAACGGCAAACCCAAUAAAGAGAAAGAGAAAAUGGUCUCGCUAUCCCUACUCCUAUCCCCAAAUUUCUAAUCCCUAAUUUCCCGAUUGCGAGCCUUUCUUCUGUCUCUGAGACUAAAACCCUAAGAAUCCGAAACCGGAAAUGUCCACCACGACCACCACGAGCAUCAAUACAGGCGGCGAGGAUCGAGUCCUGGCCACGGCGCAGCAGAUCGUGAAGAGCCUCAACACGCCCAAGGAGGUGCGGGAGGACAUGCUUUUGAUCUUCUCCAGCUUCGACAAUCGGCUCUCCAACAUCUCCAACUUGAUCAACGGCGAGGAUUCGAAGGCCGAGGACGACCGGUUUGAUGCGGCUGAGAAGGUCAUCCUGCGCUGGGACUCGAACUCGGUUGACGCUUCCAGGCACUCACUCAACUGGGAGGACUCGCACGAGGAGGCCGACGAGUACUUGUUGGCGGUCGACGAGAUUCUGAACCUCAUGGACGAGCUAUCUGUCCGGUCCGAUACGGAGAUCGUGGACCGGGCCGAGACGGCGAUUCAGGUGGCGAUGUCGCGUCUAGAGGACGAGUUCCGCCACAUCAUGAUUCGGAACACGGUCCCGCUUGACGCCGAGCGCCUCUACGGGUCGAUCCGCAGGACCACGCUCUCGUUCCCGGUCAACGACGGCGAAAUCGUUGACGACGACUUCGAGAGCUUCAGCGAGGAGGACCGUAGCUCCACGCAGCGGUUUCACGAGCGUGGUGCAAGCAUAGGCGAUGACGUUUCGGUCGAUUUGAUCGAUGCGAAAGCGGUAGAUGAAUUGAAAGAAAUUGCGGACCGGAUGCUUCGCUCUGGCUACGAAAAGGAGUGCGUGCAGGCCUAUAGCAGCGUCCGCCGAGACGCUUUAGACGAGUGUCUUGCAAUUCUAGGGAUUGAGAAACUGAGUAUUGAAGAGGUUCAGAAGAUUGAGUGGAACUCCUUGGACGAGAAGAUGAAGAAAUGGAUUCAGGCUGUUAAGAUUGUUGUUAGGGUUAUCGUCAGCGGUGAGAAAAGCCUCUGCGAUCAGAUUUUCAAUGAUGCCGACGGCAUCAAGGAGAUUUGCUUCAACGAGACCGUGAAAGGCUGCGUGAUGCAGCUGUUGAACUUUGGCGAGGCAGUUGCGAUUGGGAGAAGGUCGCCUGAGAAGCUUUUCAGGAUAUUGGACAUGUAUGAUGUGAUGGCGGACGCUUUACCGGACUUGGAAGCAAUGGUUACUGAUGAAUUCGUGAUCAAUGAGGCGAAAGGAGUGCUUUGCGGACUGGGAGAGGCGGCCAGCGGGACAUUUGUGGAGUUUGAGAAUGCAGUGCAGAGUGAGACAUCGAAGAAACCGAUGCAAAGUGGUGACAUUCACCCGCUGACCCGGUAUGUGAUGAAUUAUUUGAAAUUGAUUGUGGAGUACAGUGAUACUCUGAACUUGCUGUUGGAAAGUGGUGAAGAUGAUGGGUUUGAUGCUUUGCAAAAUAAUGAUAAUGAUGACUCCAAACUGUCUCCGGUAGCCCAUAGGUUGUUGUUGUUGAUAUCCUCGUUACAGUCCAAUCUUGAGGCUAAAUCGAAGCUCUAUGAGGAUAAUGCGCUGCAAUAUAUAUUUCUGAUGAAUAAUUUUCUGUAUGUAGUACAGAAAGUGAAAGAUUCGGAUCUUGGGGAGGUUUUAGGUGAUAAUUGGGUUCGUAAGCGUCGUGGGCAGAUACGGCAGUAUGCAACAAGUUAUCUUAGGGCUUCUUGGAGCAAGGCAUUGUCUUGUUUGAAGGAUGAAGGGAUUGGUGGGAGCUCAAGUAAUGCCGCAAAGGUGGCUUUAAAGGAAAGAUUUAAGAAUUUCAAUGCAUGCUUUGAGGAAAUCUACAGGGUCCAAACUGCUUGGAAGGUUCCAGAUGCCCAACUUCGUGAAGAGCUGAGGAUAUCUAUAUCGGAAAAGGUGCUCCCAGCAUACCGCUCGUUUCUGGGGAGGUUUGGGAAUCAAGUAGAGAGCGGAAGACAUGCUGGGAAAUACAUAAAGUACACUGCGGAUGAUUUAGAGAGCUAUUUGUUGGAUUUGUUUGAAGGAUCACCCCGAGUUCUACAUCACUUGAGGAGAAAAAGUACAUAGGAUAAAGGACUCUUGUAACAGGUAUGCCCCCUGCUUUCAUCAAGGACUAGUUGGAAAGAAGUUCGCCUGUUAAGUGUAGCUUGAUUGUAUGAUUUUUAUUUUUGUUGUUAAUGUGAUAAACCUGGGAUUUUAUGAAUGUUAAUUCUCUCCCUCCCCACAUGCUAUAUACUGUAAUAACUUAUGUACAUGUGUUAUAGAUUUUAGUUUUUGUA